AUGUUUUCCGCAGAAGAAACUAGUUCGUCAAUAAACGGAAAUGGUAUUAUAGAAUUGGUGAAUUCUAUUGAUCUCAAUGCAGUAAGAAAUUUAAUUCUUAAAUUUUACUUAAAAUAAAUUAUACAAUUAAAAAAAUAAUGGCGAUUUUUUUUUUAAUAUGAUUUAUAUUUUCAUUUAUUCGAUCGAUUUUAAUAAAAUAUUGAACUAAGUGCAAUAUAUUUAUUUGUUGAGUGUAAAUUAAAAAGUGUGCCAUAAAACGUUAAAAUGUGAACGAUUAAAACGAUUCAAACUAAUUUACACAAUGCACCUACACAUAAAUACCGUAUAAAUUUAAAAAAAAAUCAUUUAAUUCAAUAACCUAACACAUGUGGUUUUGCAGUGUGUACAUCUUCAAAUAUACAGUACUGCGCCAUGAAACAAUAAACAGUUUAGAAAACGCUGAAAUACAAAAUACCAUUUGGGUUGUAGCUGAUAUAAUAGUAUUAAGUUAAAAUUAGUUUACAUUAAGACAGUGUUUCCCAACUGGUGUUUCACGGAACCAAGGGUGCCGUGAGAAAUUUGGGAAAAAAAAAUCAGUAAACAACUUUUUCGAUUUGAUUAUUUGUUAUAAUUAAAAUUAAGGAGUUCUGUAGAAUGCAAUGAAAAAUGAUUAAAAGCAUUUUACCAGAAGUCUCAAACUGGCUACUCAUUUGAGUAUCCUAAAAAUAUGUCUGCUUUAUGUGGUCAUGAAAAAAAAAUGAAGGUUCCGCCAAAUAUUCAAGUUCCUGAAAAGGUAACGUAAGUAAAAUAAGUUGGGAAACACUGCAUUAGAAUAUAAAGUAUUUUUCAAUUCAAAUUUCGUUUAAAAUUGUGUAUAUUUUAUAUACUGUAGGUCUGUUGUAUACUGUAUAUAAUAUGUAUUGCAUAUUAUAUUAUGAUGAACGCUAUGCAAAACUACAUUUUCACAAUUAAAAAUGAUUUUAUCAUAUUGUAUUUUAAUAUUUAACAUACUUCUGUUGAUAUAAUAAAUACCUUUUUUUUCUUAUAGACACUGUCGAAACUGGGGGAGGGGGGCGUUAGCAUUGCUUCCUUCAGCUCGGCCUGCAUCUACAUUAAAUAUUAUAUUUUAAUUGUCGUGUACAUUGUACAAUAUCGCAUCAAUUAUUAUUAUUAUUAUAUAACACGUUUUGUUUUAGAUUUUUUUAAUUCCUCCUGUGAUUAAUCUAAAAUUUCAUUCAUUUUUUCUCAUAAUUUGCAUUUAGAAUUUAAUCUUGAAAUUACAAUGUAGAUUAAGUAAUAUAUGAUUAGAUAGUCAUAUAAAUAGUAUGAAAGUUGAUAUUUAUAAAUUAGGCUUAUUAAUUAGGCAUUGACCUAUCGUAUAAAUUAUUUUAUCAAAUACAAUAAGACGUUAUACCUACACGUGCUGUCUUUAUUUUACAAUUUUUUUUUUUGUUAUUUUAAUUUUAAGGCACGAUAUGAGUGUGUGAAAUAUUAUGAUUUAAAUACUUAUAAUAUCUUGCUUAAAAAAUUUAAUUUUGAACAAAUAAUGAUAACACGACAUAGAUAAUGUUUUUAUCUUUAAGUUUGAUGAUUAAGUCAAUUCACUCUAAACUUUAACUUUAACUUCAACUUUAAAAUUAACAGUUAUCCCUGUUGAACGAAAAUUUGCUAUGGCGUGAGAUUGUAAGACGAAGGCCGCACAUGAGGGUAUACGUAAUGUAUACGGAAGUAUUUCCCUUUUCAUAUAUAUAUACAUCAAAAUAUAUUUUGGCAAAAUUAUAUAGUAUUAUAAUUAUAUUACUAUCAUAAAACUAUAUUCAAGAUAUUUAAUGGAAAUACAAAACAAGUGAAUUCAAAAUUAAUGUACUUAAUUUUUUUGCUUCUCUAUUUAUAGUUGUUACACUAUUUUAAAUUAUGAAUAAAAGUGAUGUAUGUUUCAUUAUAAUAUGAUGUGUGUGUGUAUGUCAUUAUUUCGACCGAAAUAUUACUCCAAUUAACAAGAUUCGGAAUGAUUUCUGAUAGUACUUAGGAUCUAUUAUUGGUGUUUAAUGGAAGCUAUUUUUAUAAAUUCCUAGUACUUUUAUUAAUAAUUGGAAAAAGCUAGUAAAAUUAAGAAUGAUUGGGGAUAAAAACAGGUGUUGAUAAAAAUCAAUUUUUAUAUUUGUUUUUAGAUUUGAUCUUAGAAACCUGUAUUUUCAAAAUAUUUUGGCUCAUCGUCUCUUUUUGAGUUGAUACAAUAUUUUUACCCCGGUUAAAAGGUUCCAACAUUUAAUAUAUUUCAUUCGUCUAUAAGAUAGGCAUUGUUUGCCGUUCUUUUAAAAUCAAUUUUUGACCCAAAUAGUUAAAAAAAAAAUUAUUAUUUUAAUUAAAUGAUAUAAUAUUAUAGAAACGUAAAUAACGAUUUUUCAUCUAAAAAUUGUAGUUAUUUUUUCGUAUAAUUGAACCAGUAUAUUAUUGGGGUUAUAAAUGUUAUACUAAUAUAAAUAUUAUGUUUAAAUAAACUUUAUUCUGUUUGCUUUUAUUAUUAUAACUAAAUUACCACGAUACAUCAAUAUUCAUAGCUCUUUUUUUUAUCAUUGAAUUAUUUUUGCUUAUUUUUCUGGAUGUCAGAUGAGAAUACAAGAUAUAAAUUUAUCUUAUGGUACAUUAUUUGAAAAAUGGCUAUUAAGACAUACACAAACAACUAUUUAAACAAUGGCUAUUGUUAUUCAUUAAUAGGUAAUAGGUAUAAUAGUGUAUACUAUAUACAUAUAUAAACACUCGAGAAACAUACCUUUUUCUAUCGUCGACCACUAUCGCUUAUAUUAUAAUAACACUUGAUUGAGCAAAUUUAUAAAUAAUAUAUUAUACCAGAGACAUUUCAAAUUUUAUGUUAGAUACUCGUAUUAUUAUGUUAUAUAUAUGUUAUACUAUUUUAAUUGUAUUAACGAAAAAUAUAUUACGUUUUUCUAAUGUACAACAUAGUGAUUUAUUUAUUAUGAACCAGCGAUUUUCUCGUUGGAUUUUAAAUUAAUUUGAUUUUUUUUCAAUUAUUAUGAAAUCGUUUGAACUUUAUUUUAUCAUUCAGACUACUCCUUAUACCCCGUUUAGACACAGAUUUGAAUAGAGAAUAUUUUUUUACAAACUUUGAUAUUCAUAACACUAAUUUUAAACUGUUAUAACUUAAACGAUAAAUUCAUAUGUUAUACAUAUCGAAAUGUUUAGACAAAUUUUCUUUUUUUGAAUCUGUUUUUAAAGAAGGGAGGGGUUGCUAUUUUAAAAUUGAACUAUAAAAUAAAACUUAAAUGAUUUCACAACUAUUCAAAAAACAGAAAUCAAAUAACCUUAAAAAUAUACGAAAAAUUACUGGUUUAUAAUAAAUGGAUCACUCUGUAUAUAAAUUUAUACUUAUAUAUAAUAUUAUAUAACAGUUGAUUUAUGGUGCCCAUGAAUUUAUGUCUGGAUUUUUCAUUUGAUCGAUAAAUCAAUGUAUAUCAAACAGGGUCAUCAAAAAACAUCUUUACACUCUUUAUACAAUUAUGAAUUAAUAAUAAAAAUUUCGAAAUGAUGUUAUAUAAAACAAACUAGUUUUUUUUUAUUGUAACCUACAAUGUCUGAUUUUUUUAAAAACUAAAUUAUAUUCAAUAUUCAUUGUAUAACACUUUUUGCUAGACUUUUACUAUGCAAUCUUAAAACAAAGCUGUCACAUAAUGAUACUGCUGCUUAUUUCAAGACCAACAUUCUAUUAAUGUAUUGAGUUUAGUUUUGUUUCGGUAAAUUUAAUCUUUUGAGAAUAAAAAGUUGGAAAUUUAAAAAAAAAAAUUGGAAAUAAAAUUGAAAUAAAAAGCAGGGAAAUUUAGAAGCCAAGAUAAGAGACAAGAGUAAUUACUCUUGACAUUUUGAAGGAUGUAUAUCAUUAAUUAAUUUUGAGCAAAGAAAAAUAAUAGCUCUAAAAUCUUUUACCACGCCGAUAAAAAGCUCAUAAAAAUAUUCUAUGAACAUUUCGGGUAUCUAUGAUUAUUUUUUACCAAAUCACAAAAUAAAAAUGAAAUUAAUAAUUUUAAAACUAUUGUUUUACGACUUUUUUCCAGUAUUUCCAAUUAUUACAGCUUAAAAAAUAAAAAUAAAGGAAUAACUAUUCGUCAUCCAAAAUAUAACAUGAAAGUUAGCUUGUCGCUUUUUGAUUGGAAUCAAUAACGUUGCGAUGCACCACUAUAUUGGUCUGUUGUGUUUUAACCACCCUGGUCAAUACAAUAGUAAUGAAAGGUUGUGUAAGAUGCAGAUCCAAGGAGAAAUUAGCUCCUAUCUUAUAAAAUAUUGAACUUCACAAAUUUUCUAAACCUAAGAGACUUUCUAAUUUCUUUUAUAUGUUCUCUAAACAUCUAUUUUAGAUGCAGAGUGGAACGAAUAUAUUGGUUUCACAAUAAUGAUUUUUUUUUUCUGUGGACAACUUUUUUAAUAGCAAUUUUGCUCCGAUUUACAAUUAUAGUACUUUUUCUGGAAGUAAAUUUGACUUGAAUUGUACUCUAAGAUGGUUAUUUUUUUGAUUUUCCCAGGAUUUUUCCCAAUAAAUAGGAAAAAACGUAGGAAAAACUGGAAAAUAGAUACAAUAUUAAAGAAAUAUUAUUCAAAAAAUUAUAUAAUGCAUAUGUAAUAUCAUAAUAUGACAUAUAUAUUGUUGAAAAAGUAACACCAUCAACUGAAUUCCGUUCAAAAUUGUCUUUUCGUUAGCAAUGGUUAAUUGUUGCGUACAAAUAUACAUUAAAUUUCCUCUCUACUAUCUCAACUUUUUACCUACAACAGUGGCCUGCUUACGUGCAAAGUAUGUCCGUCUUUUUUAAUUUGAGAAUUCCUCAAAUAGGGUUUUUGUUUUUAUAAAUAAUUGUGUUUUGUCCUAUUUUAGCUACACAGUUGAUAAUAAAAUAGAGAAUGAUUAAAAUAUAGUAAGUAAUAGGUAAUAGGUAAUUAAUUAAUAAUUUUUCUUGUCUGUAAUAUAAAAUAGUAAAAAUGUUAAUCUUUACACAAAUAUUGUAGGUACCUACACAUAUUAGUUUCUUGUUAGGUUAGUUUGGGCAUAAAAAUGGUGUACCCUAUUUUAACUUACUAAUGUACCUUAACUAAAAUUAAAAAGUAACAUAAAAUAUGUUUUUUAAGAACAUUGAUAAAACUCUUUUACGUGGAGUUUGUUUAAAAAUGAGGGUGAUUAAAUAUUAAAUCCAAAAUAAUAAAAACUCGUUUUUAAUAAACAAAAGUAGUGACUAGAAAACAUGAAUCCGUGAACAAUACAUAUUUUUUAUACAAAGGAGGUACUUGAUAAAAACAAUAAAUGUGAUUUUUGAUAAGACACCUUGAUAAUGUCAAAAUAUUUAAAUAUCCCAUGUUUAAUUAAUUCAUUUAUUGAUAAUUUUUGAUUUAAUUGUUACCAAUUAAUUUCAGCUUGACCAGACAUCACACAAACCCGUUUUACCAGACUAAUUAUCCUAUUAUACCCAACCUUCCUCUAUACCUACCUAUAUGAUAAUAUAUAUGGCAUUUAGAUAUUUUAACAUAAAAUAUCUCCUUAUUCUUCUUAUUUAUAUAUAAAAAAAAAAAAACGAAGUCUUAUAUGAAAUAAUUUCUUGGCUGGUUUGAGAUAUUUACAAAAAUUAUAAAUUUUAAAAACAAUUAAAUAUUUAUAAAUUAUAGAAACAUUUAUAAAAUACAUACAAUUUUGUUCAUUUUCUUUUACGAAUGUACUACGAACAGCAAAAAAAUGGGGAAUACCGAAUAUGAACCAAGAUUUUUUAAUCUGUAAAAAUUUCGCCAACUUAAAGUUGUGCUAAAAUAAUUUAAAUAAAGUACAAAAAAUUCGGAGAGUACUCCAAUAAUAAUGUCUCUACAUAAUAGGGAGAUAGUUUUCCCAAAAAUUAUUUUUCCCAAUGUCAUUUUCCAUAAGCUCUGGAUUUCAAAAAAAAAAAAUGUCUAAUUUAAAAUCAGAUUAAAUUUAAUCAGAUUAUAUCUUAUUAUACCUUAUUAUUAAUUUAUUAAGAUUAAUAUUGAAAAAUUAUGCCUAAUAGCCUAAUAGUUAGGUUGAAAACGAAGAAAAGUGAUGUGUAGACAUAAGUAUCAUUAAUUGAACAUUAAUUACUUAGUUUAAAAAGUGCAUGAUUUUAUCUGAAUAAACCAUAAUUAAUUAACUUACCCCCCCCCAUUGAUUAAUAAACUGAUUAAUUAAUUUCAUGGCUGAUGAAAUAAAGUAUUUAUUUUUAUUUUCAGACUAAUCAUUACGAGAAAAACGGAAAAUCGUCCGAACGACCCAAAUUAUAUCACCCAACAGACGACGAGACUUUGUCACUUCUAAUGAUUGAGAACGGUAAUAUGGCUAAAGACAAAUGGAAGUCAGACGGCCAAUCCAACGGACAGACUAAAGUACGAAAUUCUACCGAACACAGACUAAGUGUUUUAUCUUUAGGCUACGUUCCUACUGCUCAUCCAACUUCGUAAGAUAAUUUGAUAAUAUUAUGCUAAUAUGAUAUCAAUGACGAUAAAUUAAUAAUGACAUCGAAUACAGAUAUUUCUAAUUAUUUUAGGUAUUUAGAAACACUAAUAAACAUGUUGAAAGGAAAUGUUGGAUGUGGAAUUUUAGCUAUGGGAGACGCAUUCAAAAAUGGAGGACUAAUUUUGUCACCGGUGUUAACCUUCUUCAUUGGCAUAAUCUGUGUUUACAACCAACAUUUACUAGUAAGAAACAAACAAUAUUAUAUAAUAAUUAAACCUUGCCAACGCAAUUUAACAGUGUAUUACAGCGAGAGGAAAAUGAUAGGCAUAAGAUUAAAGGUCACGGAAAAAACAAUUUGCAUAGUUUUUAUGGGAAAAACUUCAAAACUAUUCAUAAUAUAAACUAUUUAGGAAUCCCCAUCAUUAUAGAAACACUAUCUAUACAUAGUUAAAAAUGAAAAUUAAAUUUAAACUUAUAAUAAAUCUCGUAUUAAAUUUCCCAGUAUUACUUUGGCCAAACAAUUUCAUCAAUUUAUAAAACCAAAUAAAAACUCAAAAAAGGAAAAUGUCAAAAAUUGUCAGAAUGAUUUGAAAAGAAUAAGUACCUACUACGUUUACGAAAUUCAAUUUAAGCAUUCUGUGAAAAUUUCAGGUCUCUACAAUUGAACUUUGAAGAAUUAUGGAGAAAAACAAUAAUAGUAAAGAAAAAUAAUAAUAAAAAUAUUAUCAUUUUGUCAUUUGUUUCUGACCGAAUUUAUAUGCGAAUUGAGUUGGGGCAUAAAGAUCAUAAUCAGUGAUAUAACAAAGGUUUAAAUAUACAGUUUAAUAAGGUUUUAAUAUAGUUCUGAAACUUUAAAACUACAAUACUGAACAUUUUAGGAAUAUAGACUAUUAUCUUUCUUCCCCGUAGCAGUUCAAUUAUUUUUAAUCAAAUUACAGCAAAUAAAAAAAAUCGAAUAUAAUGAAUCCGUUACCUAUUUCUGUAAACUUUCCAGUUUUUUCUAAGUAUAAAAAAACAGAAAUAAAAUUAAAAAAAACGACAUCCUUACACACUAUAACUAGAUAAAUUUUUAUUUCAGACAAAAUGCUUCUCUUGAAACUCUGAUUAAAAUUUUUGAUGUAAAACAAAAAUAAAAAACAAUUAAAUUGUUAACGUUGUAAAUAUUUAUCCGUGUUUUCUAAAAGUUUUAGUUUUUAGUUUUUAAAUUAAUAUGAAAACUUCACAGAAUAUCAGAAAAUAACUUCAUCAAAGCACCAACUAGAUUCAAAUUGCAAUAAAAAAUAUUUCUUGGCAUUUUUUGAUUGACGCAAAAUUUCUGUUAUAAAAGUUUUUUUUAUAGACAGAAAAAAAACACACACGACAAUAAACCAAAACAUUCCUCAUUUCGUUAAAGAACUAAAAAAUAUUUUCUUCUUAAAUAUAUUUUAAUUUAGUGAAUUUUAAUGUAUAAUUAUAAUUUAAUAUGUAUUUUCUUGUGUUAUAAGUAAUAUCAACAUAUGUAUAAUAUUUAUAAAUAAAGGGACUUUGUACUAAUUGUGUACCUACGUCAUGUUUGCAAAUCACUGUGCUGUUGAGUAAUUAACAUACACAAAAUGAUAAUAAACUCUUAAAAAUCUAGAAUUAUUUAUUUCGACCUCUACUGCUUACCCAUGUAUAUAAUGUAUACAUUAUACAUGUACUUUUCGAGUUUUACAAAUACAGUGUAGUUUAAGUAGAAUAAUUAAAGAGUUCCCUUGAUAUAGGUUAAUAUAUUUAGUUUCUUAUAUAGUUCAUGAAAAUAGUAUACGUCAUAAUCAUACAACCGGUUUUCAUUGAUAGCUUCAAUAUUAUAUAACAGGCAUAAUAUAUUUAAAAUACAUACUUAUACACAUACAUAUUAAAAAUAUUAUUAUGUGUACUUACCUAUUAUUAUUAUUAGGUAGGUAUUUAUUUAUUUUAUUAAUGUAACACAUUUUAUUUGUUUAUUUUACUAUUUUAAAAAAAUGAAUACAUGAAUUUUAUUAAAAAUGUUAGGUAUAAUAUUUGAAAUUUUUAAUAUGUAUUGUAAACCAGUAUAAUUUAUAAUAUCAGUUAACGGGCUAUCAAUUUGAUUAAAUAAAGUACCUAUUAUUUACAAAAUCUGAAUUUUAUUACUUCCUACUGUUGUUUUUAUUUUUAUAUUUUAAAAAGUAGACACCUAAAACCUAUAUGCAAAUAAAAAAUUUAAAAAAUAUUUCUAAAUUUUGUUAGGUAGGUACUGAUUUAAUGUUUCGCUUCCAUAUUAGGAUAAAUGCAAAACAACUGUGAAAUAUUAAUAAGUAUUAUAAUACAAUAUAGUUUCAUAAAUUUACCUAAACCCUUAAGAAAAUAUUUAACAUGUGUAUAUAAAUAAUAUUAAUUUUAGGUCAAAUGUUCAAAAAGUGUCAAAGAAAAACUUAAAUUAAAACAUAAUCCAGAAUUUGCAGAGACAGUAGAAUUAUCUUUUCAAUCGGGACCACAGCGAUUUCAAAGUUAUUCUGUAUUUUUUCGGUAAGCAAUUAUUAUUAGAUCGAUAUAAAUUUUAUCCAUGUUUGUAAAUAUUACAAAAGGUAACUGGUGAAUCGAUCGCGAUUAAUUGUUAGAUAUUGAUUUAUAUAAACUACUCUGGUAUAUACUACACAAUUAUUAAAUAAAAUAAUAAUAAUAAAUUUAAUACAAUUAAAUAAUUUAUUGAUUUUUAGCUUAUUUAUACAUUCAAUUAUUAAAAAAAAAAAAAGUCCAAGGAUAAUGGAUGCAGCCAUUGUUAUAGGUAAUUUAAUGUAUAUUUGUUAGCCACGAUUAAUCAUUGCUAACGAAAAUAUGAUUCUGAGCGGAGUUCAUUUGAUAGUGAUACUUUGUCAGCAAUAUAUAGGUCAUUUUAUAUUAAAAUAAUUAAAUAGGCUUUAUUAAUUUUCUCAGAUAAUUUUUGAUAAUGUUGUACCGAUUUUCCCAAUUUUUCUACGUUUUUCCCAGUUUUUCACAUUUGCUGAGAAAAUCGAAAAAUGACCGAUUUCGUUUCAGAAAAGGUGCUACACGUAGAAAUCCGUGCAUAAUAAAAAUAAAAUAAAUAUCUUUGUAAAAUCAUAAGCUUUUUCGUCCCACUUAAAAUCUAAAAACUUGAUUAACUAUUUGACUUUUAUAAAAGUCAUAUUAAUAAAACACAUUUAAUAAAGUAUUAGAAAAUCAAUAAAUGUAUAACAACAAAUUAUUUGAUUUUAUUAGUAAUAAUAAAUUAUUAUUGUAUUCGUAUAGUAUUAGUUUAUUAGUAUAAACAGAAGAAAAGUCUAUACAAAGCAUUAAUUUUUUUGGGCAACCCAUUUGCAGCUGUGAUUAAUUGUUCGUGACUAAUUCACCAGGACCAUUAUAAAACUUCUAAUUCUUUUUUUUAAGUAAAGACACUAAACAAUUAGAAUAAAAUAAAAUACAUAACAAUAAAAAUUAAUAAUCUUAUUGUAAGUUAUAAAUCAAUAUUUAACAAUAAAUAGUAUUCAAUAGUAUUUAUAUAUCUGGUACCUACAUAGAUAACAAUAAUUAUAGCUUGAAAAAUAUCAAAAGAUUUCUUAUAAAAUAAAUUAAAAAUUUUAAGUACUUGUAUUUUGUAAUUUAAAAAAAAAAUAAGAUACAUGACCUUUUAAAUUUAAAAUUAAUCAUUUCUUUGUUUGAUAAAUAUAGGUAUCCACAUUUAUUUAUGUAUAAAAACAAAAAAAGCCGAAUAGCCCAAAGAUAAUAUAAUACAAUACCUAUAUUAGAUUAUUUGUAUUUUCUUCGUCAUCUAACAUUAUUUUUUUGGUUAGGUAGGCAUUAGGUUUAACAAUAUCUUUCAUUAUGUUUAUUAAAAUUUUUUAUUUAAUGAAAGUAUUCCUUUAGGUGUUCUUUAGCCAUAUUUAUCCAUAAGUUUAUGAUUUUAGAAUAUGGUUAACACUUUAAAACAUUCUAUCUCUAUGACAUAAUAUUAUCUACCCAAUAACAAUUGAUUUUAUUUCAAUUCAUUAUCUUUCCAUCGGUAACUAUUAUAGCUAUAGCAAUAACACAUUUCUUGCCACGAAACCAUUAAUUUUGUUUUAUUAUAAAGUAUAAAAUAUAAUUUAUUUAAAUAUAUUAUUUAGUUAAUUUAAAAUAAACAUUCAGCAACAUUUUUUUAAUCAAUAAAAACCUUCUUUUCAAUAAUCAACAUAUUAUGUGCCAUACAUGUUUGAUAGUGAUAUUAAGUUUUUUUUCAAAAUAACCGUAAAAAACAGAAAAUAUUAAGAUUUGAAGGAAAAAAUUGACAAUUUUUGGUAGACCAACUGAAAGGAGCCUAUUUUUUUUUUUUUUACAAAAAUUAAUAUUUAUUAAUAUUAAAUGUUUUUAUUUGGUUUACAGGAAUAGUGUAAAUACUUUUAUAGUUAUCACUCAAUUGGGAUUUUGUUGUGUUUAUAUUCUUUUUGUAUCUAAAUCUAUUCAGCAGGUAAAUUAUUAUAAAUAUGUUUAAUUAUAAUAUUAUAUGUUCAAUUAUAAUAUUAUAUGUUCAAUUAUAAUAUCAUACAAAUCAUGUAUUAAUUAAAUUAAUAUUUAAUUGAUAUUUUAUAGUAGAUACAAGGUGAUCCAUUUCAAUGGGUACACUCAUUAUAUCGGAAAGUAUUUUUUGGAAUUUGUUUUAUAGAAAAAAGGUAAAGAACAUUUAAGAAAUAAGCAGCUCUACAAUUUUACAUUUAUGUUAUUUUUUCUCACUCUUAUUUUUGGGUCUAAAUCCUCUACUAAUUUUGAUUUUUAAAUGGCAAUUUACAUCGAAAAAUUCAUUAAAAUGGUCUAAUAGUUAAAAUUAAUUUUGGUGUUGAAAUUUCUGAUUUCCGUCAACCUAUUGAUAAAAUAUUCUACGUUAAAGGUUUGAGUAGAGGGAUAAUAGUGGUGCAUUAUUAAUAAACUCCACAAGCAGUGUCGCCACACAAAUGGUGCUUCACUACUCUCCUUCAACUAAAACUUAAAGCGGAAUAUCUCGUCAACGAGUUGACAGAAAUCAAAAAUUUUACUACCAAAAUUUAUUUUAAAUAAUACGCCAUAUAUGUAUGCCGUUUUUAAUAUUUCUAGGUUUUCAUUUGAAAAUCAAAAUUAUGUAGUAGUUUUAACCUCAAAACAUAAAUAAAAGAAGGGUGAAAAAAUAACAUAAAUAUAAAAUUGUAAGUUGUUUCUUAAAUGUUUUAUACAACAUAUUUCAAAAAAUGCUAAUAUCUUUUGUGUUACUGAGUGUACAUACUUAAAUAGAUCACUUUGAAUGCACAUAUAGGUAUAAUGGUUGCUCAUCUACAAAUAAUUAUUAGUUACCUAUAGGUACUAUUCUUUUGUAUUGGUUAUUGUUUUAGUGAUAAAUGAUUCACUUAUGAAGCCAUUAAAUAAAGUUAAAUGUGACCUUUUACUAUGUAGUAAAGAACCAAUAUACCUAUUACCAAUGACAGAGUUUAUAAUUUUAUUAGAUUUAAAUAAUAAAUAAUGUAAGGUGUCGCAUAUUAUAUUAAUGUAUUUUAAUAUUAUUAUAAUAAGUUCUGCCAACAUUAUUAUGAAUUAGUUUAAAUUUGAAAAACAAAAUAUUUUUGUAAAUACGAAAAAGAGAAUAAUACAUAAAAUAUACCUAACGUAAUGUUAAAUGAUGAUUAGAUGAUGAUGGAAUAAUAUGAUUUAUUAUGGUUUUAAAUAUAUUUUGUUUCGUUAGGUAAUGAGCUGGUAUAAAAUACCGUUGGAUGUACAUGUGAGUAUAUUAAUAACAAUGGUACCCAUAAUGAUUUCGUCACUCAUAAGAAAUUUAAAGUUUAUUGCUCGGUUGUCAGCAAUAGCAAAUAUGUGCAUGCUAGUGGGUCUGUUUGUAAUUCUUUACUAUUGUGCCAAUGGUUUGCCACCCUUAUCCACAAGAGCAGCUGUUGCUCAUUGGACAAGUAUACCUUUAUACUUUGGCACCAGUAUAUUUGCAUUUGAAGGAAUUAGUUUGGUGAGUUGUUUGCAUGCAAUUUUAUUACAAUAAUAUUUGUUUUAUCUAACACUGUUUACAUAGGUUUUACCAUUAGAGCAAGAAAUGAAAAAUCCUAAACAAUUUUCCACAGUGUUCGGAGUACUGAAUGUGGGUAUGGUGAUUGUUACAAGUCUUAUAAUGCUAACAGGUUUUAUGGGUUAUUUAAGAUUUGGAGAUGCAGUCCGAGGUAGUCUUACUUUAAACUUGCCAGAGGAAUUUUUGUAAGAACUUAUUAUUUAUUAUUUAUUUUUAAUUUACAACGAAAAAUUUAAAACAUUACAUUUUCAGAUUGUCUAAAAUUGUUAUUUUGAGUAUGAUGUUUGGUAUUAUAUGCACAUAUACAUUGCAGUUUUAUGUACCAAUCGAAAUCCUAUGGCCGAAGGUUGAGAAAAAAUUUGGACCUUUCAAAUCACCUGUACUUUGGGACACAGGACUUCGUGUGAUUCUUGUACUCAUUACAUGUGAGUCAACAUUGAUUCUAAGCGUAGAGAGAUGUAAUUGAUUUUAAUUCACGAUUUUUCCUUGUAUACAAUUUCCUGAACUGCUUUUUUCCCGAAGCUAACCUAAUCUAGCCUUUCCUGAAAUCUUUUACCCAAAUUUUAUUUUUCCCGAAUACUAUUCAACCAAAAACAAAGUUAAAUUUGUUGGAUUUUUAAUGGUGCAUCGUCGGGAAAAUUUAUUACACUAACAAUUUUAUUUAUUUUUUUUUUGGUUAAAAAUUAUUGCAACAUUAUGAAUGAAUACUUGAAUAUUAGAACCCUCUAGAUGUGGUACAGUUAACAAAAUAUUUUUGUGAUUUUUAAGUCAUUUAUAAUUUAUAAUUUUUUAGGUUUUUGAUUUAAUUUUAGUUGAAUAAAAUUGUUUUUAACCCAGAAAAAUUUUAACACAAAAUUCACCAUAAAUUUGAUACCAAAGAAAAAAAGUUAAGUGUAAAUAUAGAUGAUAUGAUUGAAAUAUUAAAUUUAAAAGAAACACGUUUAUAUGACGGUACUUAGUGACUUUUUGCGAUAAACGAAUAUUUGAAGACCCUAGAAAAAAGGCAAGGGAACUAAUUUUCAAUGGGUUUUCUGCUAUAAACUGCGCCCUUACAUCGGAACUCAAAUUUAAACGCGAAAUAACUGAAUUACAUUUUUUGACGUUUAGUGUUCCAGAAAGAAAAACAAUCUUAUUGUAAAAAAAAAAAAAACAGUGUUGAAUCUUAUUUAGUACCAGGAAAAAUGUGUCGUUCACGUUUUCUUAAAAUAUUUUAGAUUCAUAGAUGAUGUUUAUUUAUUUGUUUUCUUUUCUGUAAAUAACUUUUCUACCAGAAAUUUUGCUCCGAUUUUCAAGUGUAGUAAUUUUUCUGAUAGGAAAUCUGACGGGAGUGAUACUUUAGGAGAAUUUAUUUUUAUUUUUCCAGGUAAUUUCAUAAUAAAAGAAAAAAAAACGGCAAAAACGUACGGAAAACGGGAAAAUUUACGAAAUUUAUUAUUUUCAAAUCGUAAAUAUUUCGGCUUUUCAAACCAUGUAUAACCAAACUUUACUCAGGAUCGUUUUUUGUUAACAAUGGUUAAUAUUUGUGUACAGAUAAAUACAAUAAAUUUCCCCUCUACCUUGACAAUUUCUCACCUACAAUGAUGGCUCAUCCAUCGUGCGAAUUAUGUCCAUUUAUUUUUAAAAUUUGUUUUAAAAUGUUUUAUGUUUAUACUAGAACCACGGUUAGAUAACUGUAUUAACUUUAACUUAAUAGCGCCUACCUCGAAUCAAAAAUAAAAAACAAUUAGGUAUUUAGAUAAAUCGACUGAGUUCUAAACAUUGUAUUUAAAUUUGAGAAAUCUUCUCAAAUUCGUACGGUUUUUGUGUUUUAUGUCUUUCAAUCCAUCCGUCCAUUCCCUGUGUAUUACACCUACUUGUAUGAUAUGAAAAAUAAUUAAAAUUAUAAUUUCAUUAAUAAUCGUUUGUAUUGCAGUCUUGGCGGCCGAUGUGAUACCACAUCUAAGCCUGUUCAUAUCGAUGAUGGGCGCUGUGGCCAGCACGUUUCUGGCUUUGAUAUUCCCACCACUGUGUCAUAUGGCCGUUACCGGUUCCAACGAGAAAGAGUACGGCCGGUUUAGGUGGCGGCUGAUGAUGAACGCCGUCACGCUGGCGCUUGGCGCGCUCGGCUUCGUUACCGGCACAUACGCCAGUGUUUACGAGAUAUGCGAAGCGUUUCAGAACCCAAAUGCCGAAGCCGUGGCCAUCGCCAAUCUCACCAUGCAGAAGGCGCACUGA